CCGGCCGGAGGAGACAGAUGACAGUGAAGUUGCCUGUGUAAAAUCUAUUCUUGCCACUUGCCACUGCGUUUGCACGGCUUGAGGAAGGGAAGCCAGCUGUGUUAAUGCCUAGACUCCUUGAAUGACAGAUCAACCAGUCACUCGAUGGGGAGCAACGGCGGACCACCUUUUUGUGUCACCUUCCCACUUCUCUGUAGCAAGAAAAAUCACUUCAGCACCUCUUCAAUAAUAAUGAUGAAACUGGUAUUAACUGAAUGGCAAUUAUGGAUUUUUAACUCUAAUUCACAGUAAACCAGCAAGCCAUAUGUUUAAAACCCAACCAAAAAUCAUUCUGUUCUGCUGCGUGUCUCACCCGAUUGUGAGAAGUGGAGAGAUCUCUGUUUGUACAAAGAGGGAUAUAAGCAUCACUUGCCGGAGGAACACAACUGAAGCAGAAGGAGAAGGUGUCCUAAUUUAUCCUUAAAGAUAUAUGAUAGCAUUAUUUAUAUAGAUAGAGGAAAUAUAUAUAUAUUAACAAAUAUAUAUAUAUAUAUACACACAUAUAUAUAUAUAUUUUUGGUGGUAAUGAAAAUGGCUCCGCAAAAUGCCGACUCAGAAUCUAUGCAAGUUCAAGACUUACCUGUGCCCCUGCCAGACCUGCAGAAGCCCGGAGGUGCGGACACCCACUACGAGACCAUCAGCGAGGGGUCCAUAGACCGGAUCCCUGUGCGCCUGUGGGUGAUGCACGGGGCCGUGAUGUUCGGCAGGGAGUUCUGUUACGCCAUGGAGACGGCACUGGUCACUCCCAUCCUGUUGCAGAUUGGCCUUCCGGAGCAGUACUACAGCCUCACCUGGUUCCUGAGCCCCGUCCUCGGCCUCUUCUUCACGCCCAUCAUCGGCUCCGCCAGCGACCGCUGCACCCUGAGCUGGGGCCGCCGGCGGCCUUUCAUCCUGGUCCUGUGCAUCGGCGUGCUCUUGGGCGUGGCGCUCUUCCUGAACGGCUCUGCCAUCGGUCUGUCCCUCGGCGAUGUCCCCAGCCGGCAGCCCAUUGGCAUCGUCCUCACCGUGCUGGGGGUGGUCAUCCUGGAUUUCAGCGCUGAUGCGACCGAGGGCCCCAUCCGUGCCUACCUGCUGGAUGUGGUGGACAGUGAGGAGCAGGACAUGGCCCUCAACAUCCACGCCUUCUCUGCCGGCCUCGGCGGGGCAAUCGGCUAUGUGCUGGGGGGGCUGGACUGGACCCAGACCUUCUUGGGCGACUGGUUCCGGACGCAGAACCAGGUGCUUUUCUUCUUCGCGGCCAUCAUCUUUGUGGUGUCGGUGGCCCUGCACCUGUUCAGCAUCGAGGAAGAACAGUACAGCCCCCCGCAAGAGCGGGGUGGGGAGGCGGCCGGCACCCUGCCCCCCGCCGCCCGCGUGAAUGUUCUGGAUGGAGGCGUCGCCUUGUUCCCGGAGGAGGUGCAGUCCGAGCACGAGCUCUCCCUGGACUUCCUGGGUGUGGACAUGGUGCGGAGCAAGAGCGACUCUGUGUUGCACGUGCCGGACGCUGCCCUGGACCUGGAACCCGAGCUGCCCUUCCUGCCCGACAUCGAGCCCUCCAUCUUCCACGAUGGCUCCUACCCCAGCACCCCCCGCAGCAGCAGCCAGGAGCUUCCCUGGACCAGGCCGUACCGCCUGGCCUCUGUGCUCAGGGAAACCGCAAAGGAGGACGUGACGCUGCUCGAUAAUCACUUGAACGAAGCCAAAGUCCCCAACGGCAGUGGCUCUCCCCCGAAGGACAGCCUCGGGGGCUACACCAGGGUGGCCCCGAAACCCACGGCCGCGUCCGGCUCCAUGAGGCGGCGGAGGCACAUGUUCCACCGGCAGGCCUCAAGCACCUUCUCCUACUACGGCAAGAUCGGGUCCAACUGCUACCGCUACCGACGGGCCAACGCCGUGGUCCUCAUCAAGCCCUCGCGCAGCAUGAGCGACCUGUACGACCUGCAGAAGCAGCAGCGGCAGCGGUGCCGGCACCGGAACCAGAGCGGGGCCACCACCUCCAGCGGGGACACGGAGAGCGAGGAGGGGGAGGGCGAGACCACCGUGCGGCUGCUCUGGCUGUCCAUGCUCAAGAUGCCCAAGGAGCUGACGCGGCUGUGCCUCUGCCACCUGCUCACCUGGUUCUCCGUCAUCGCCGAGGCCGUCUUCUACACCGACUUCAUGGGCCAGGUCAUCUUCGAAGGGGACCCCAAGGCCCCCUCCAACUCGACCGCCUGGCAGGCCUACAACGCCGGCGUGAAGUUGGGGUGCUGGGGCCUGGUGAUUUACGCGGCCACCGGCGCGAUCUGCUCAGCCCUGUUACAGAAGUACUUGGACAACUACGACCUGAGCAUCAGGGUCAUCUACGUGCUGGGGACGCUGGGUUUCUCCAUCGGCACGGCCGUGAUGGCCAUGUUCGCCGACGUCUACGUCGCCAUGAUCAUGAUCAGCACCAUGGGCAUCGUCUCCAUGAGCAUCUCCUACUGCCCCUACGCUCUGCUCGGGCAGUACCACGACAUCAAGGAGUACGUCCACCACAGCCCUGGGAGCUCCAAGCGUGGCUUUGGCAUAGACUGUGCCAUCCUCUCCUGCCAGGUGUACAUCUCCCAGAUCCUGGUGGCGUCCGCCCUCGGGGGUGUGGUCGACGCCGUCGGGACCGUGCGCGUCAUCCCCAUGGUGGCCUCCGUGGGCUCUUUCUUGGGCUUCCUGACGGCCACGUUCCUGGUGAUCUACCCAGACGUGUCGGUAGAGGUCAAGGAAGAGCAGAAAGGCCUGUCUUCCCAGCCUUCGGGGGAGAGCGGGGGCGGCGGCGAGAAGCCCACCGUCCUGAGGCUGACCAGGAAGGAGGGCCAGCCGAGGAAGGUGGAGACGGAGUCGAUGGUCUGAGCCUCACCCCUGCGCGCACACAUUCCAGGGGGGGUGGCGGGCGGGGCGGUCGCCGUUGCUUCGGUGGCCGCGCUCGAGCCAGAGUUCCUUCGUGAGACGGGUGGAGACGCGGUAGCUGUAGGGUAGGGUCGGGCCGCUAGGCAAAAACACCACGCUAAUUACUUUGUCCACGAUUAAAGAAAAUCAUUUGAAAUCUUUUUUUUUUUUUUUAAUUGAAAGAGAUCUUGUAAUUUCACCUCUUUCGUUCUGCAGGUAUAUUAUUCUGCAUGUUUUUAAAUUAUAAACCAGAUUUACAAUAGCGACAAGCAGUUUAGAGAAAAAUAAGAUGUUCAUUUCUAAGGUUACAAUUGAAAACCAAAAUAACCUGCUGUCCUUUGCCGUUUGUUACCUGAGUACUCCAGGUGGCAGUCACGCAGUCCGGGACUAAAAUCUCUUUAUCACGUUCUCUCUGGACGCCUGCAGGUAUCUGGACUUUCUGUCAGAUCUCCUGUCUUGUUGGUGCUGCAGCUAUUGGAGAGUAUUUUCCUUUAUGAUUAUUUUAGAAGAAAAGUUUUCCUUUCAAAACUGGUUUUCUUAGGAGAAGCAGCAUUUCCUCUUGUCCUCAGAGAUUCUGACAGAUGGUGCGUGGGGCAGCCCUGCCUCUGGGCAGCGGGAGGCGGCGGCCGCCCCCCACCAGCACCCGGAGGAGGCAGGGCCCAGGCAGGUGCACGCGCGUGUCCGUGCCCCGACCCCCGACCCCCCGACCCCCCGACCCCGUCGUCUUUGUCCGAAGCUCCCCGGAGAGGUUGUGGGCUCUUCAUUGCACUUUGACUCGUGUUUAAACCGUUUGCUGGGGAAAUCAUGAGGGCAGAGCUCCAGGAGUGGCCUCGCCCCCUGGGUCCUGCCGCCAGGCCUACCUCGGGUGUGUGGGACGGCGGCCCCGGGCGUGUGAGCUCCUGCUGGGCCGCCUCUGACCUCUUCUGACCUCUUCGCCUGCUCACCCCGCUUGACGCCGGAAUCCGAACGGUUGCCAGGUGUCCGGGACGGAAGGAAGGGCCGCCCCCCCGGAGGACUCUGCCCCGUUUCUGCUUUCCGCGUAUGAGCCAGACGCGGACUUUGGGGAAGUGCGGUCAUCAGAUGCUGCAGCUACUUGGAAAUGCUUUUCAAACCACAAUCUCUUUAUAACUCAGCGGUUUCUGCUUCUCUUACUUGGAAUGGUCAGUCUAAGCCUCCUGGUGUCACCUGGACACAGACAGUGGUGAUACUUCGCUGCCUCAAGUUUUUUUAAAUAAAGAACUUUAAGAUGCAUGAGGAACCAUGCUGCAAUAUGAUCAUUCUAAAGCAAAUAUAUAUCUAUAUAUAUAUAUAUUUCAAGAUGAGACUAAGCAGUUUUUAAAUAAAUUACUUGAAUUUUCUGUGUAUUCAAAA